GAUUCACCCAAAUCACAAGUUUACUUUCAUUCUUGAUUGCGAUGCUCUAUAGGUGAGCACGCGACAAAUUGUCUACUCGAAUUGGUGUGUAUUUUAUCUGACAUGCUGCUGAUGUCAGAAUGAGAGAUCCUAAUAUUUUGCAACACCUGUUGGUGAUUACUUGCCUUCACUAUCUCCUCGUUGGGACGGCGGUUGCUGCACCUCCAGCCAGCGUCCAUUCUGGGAAGACGCUUUCAGAGAAUGAAAAUUCUAUCCCUAGAGGACUCUUCAGCUUUCUCUCACAACUCAGGGACCGUCGAGAACUGAGAGAUGAUGACCUCAACGAAGAAGCAGCGCCUCCGAACCUCCGAAAGGCCGAGGGCGCACCGAGUGUACAACGCCGAGCUGUCGAUUACUUGAAGAAAGGCGAUGUGAACCAGUUGCUGAUGGGCGAUGGUUAUGACCUCGAUGAAAGGCAAAAGAGAGAAGUGGAGAAUGACAUGGAAGAAUACGAAGGGCAUGAUCGUCGGGUACGGAAUGCAGAUGUUGCCCUAGUUCCGCUUUCUGAACUUGAGCUGACAGAUGACGAUGUAGAGAUCAAAACUGGUGAUGGAUUACACCAAAGACUGAAGAGACGAGCGAAAAGGAAUAGGAAUAAGAAGAAGAGGAAAGGUAAAAAGAAGAAGAAGAAGAAGAAGAAGAAGAAGAAGAAGAAGAACGGUAAAAAGAAGUCCCAAAAGGGUAAUUCAAAGAAGAAGGCAGCUGCUAAAAAGAAAUCCAACGGUAAGAAGAAGUCGCGUAAAGGAAAGAAGUCAAAGAAGGGAAAUUCAAAGAAGGGGAAGAAGCAAGGCUCGAAAAAUGGGAAAAAGUCCAAGAAAAGCAAGAAGAAACCCGUGAAGAAACCCAAGAUACAAGCACUGCAAGCAAGCGUACACAAGCUGAAAUCAGUGAAGCCAUUGUUUCUGACAUGCCUGUUGCACUCUAUGUUUCAAGAAAAUCUCAAUCCAGAUAAAUACCUGAGCUCUCUGGUCUACCUGUUGAAGGAAUCCGACAGAUCGAUGAUGAAUAUGUCGAUGGAUUCCAUGAUGGCAAUGAACGAUUCUGCUAUGAUGGCAAUGAAUGAUUCUGCUAUGAUGGGUUCCACCUUAUCUCUAGAAUCGUUGCUCAACCAGAACAUGUCCAUGAGAACCUCUGGCCACUAUUUUUACACAUUCGGCGAUAGUGUGUCAUCUUUUCCCGACCAGAAGUUGCCGCUGAAGAAUAUAGCGGAUCGAAACAUAACCGACACCGAGCUCAUGUACAUGAGAGGACUCCUAUUGAAGGUCAUGUCCAUGUUGUUUAUGAAAGAGGGCACUCGUUAUGAUGUUGAUGGCUUCGUGAUGGAGCUGGAAAUGAAUCUCAAUGGAUCGAUGCCAGAAUCGAUGUCCAGUGGAGAAAAUAGCCCCGAAAUGGUAUGUCCAUCGUUGGAAAGGAGCUUGUUGUCUAGCAUGAAUGGCUUGAUGACCAAAAAGCUAGUGAAGUGCCUUCAUGAAAGUCUUACGGCUUUGCUGGCUAACGAUACCGCCAAAUUUGUCAGAGGGCUACUCCAUGAAGGUGACAAAUCGUUUGAAAUACUGUACCUCAUGAGGAACACAAGGGACAUGUAUAAAGAAGGAAAGGCGGCGUUGCUUUUAUCCUGUCUGUUUGAAUCUCUUUUCGACGGAUAUGUGGGUAACGACAUUUUGAUGUACCUCCUUCCAUACCUUGCUGACAACAUAAUGAUGAAGGGCAUGGAUAAUGGCAUGAUGUCAAUGAUGGAUAAUUCUUCCAUGUCUCAGAUGAUGAAUGAAACGAUGAACAUGAUGCCGAUGAGCGAAUCGAAUGAAUCUUCACCCAUGCCGAGUUUCAACCCAUCAACAAUCAUGGACUCACAGUACUGUCGUAAUGAUUCGAUGGCAGACCCGACGAUGAUUUUCAUGUAUGUUAUGAAUAUGACCAACAUGACAAUGACUGACGGUGAUAUGAAUAUGACAAUGGACGUGCUUAAAUCAAUCUUGGCGGAGCUGAAAAGAUCGACGAACGAAUCCGUUGUUAAUGCUCAGACAGCACCCAGUCUUCUACUUCCUGCUGUUAUGGUAUACAUGGAAAACGCGUCUGGGAUCUAUCGUACGAAGGCCAUACACCAUGCUAUUAGGUAUCUGAUCAACUACGGGAUUGACAUGGAAUCAAUGGACAUGAUGGAUGACAAAAUGGGUACCACUGAUGGAGGAAUGAAUAUGUCUUCUUCGAUGAACCAAACAGCUAAUGCUACAUCGGACAUGGAAAUGAUGGGGAAACUGGAUGGCAUGGGCAUCCCUGAUGCUAUCUGUCCCGCGAUGGUCAAAGAGUGCCUUCCUAAAAUGGACAAAUCGGCCAAGAUGGAGUUCUCCAAGAGGUUUCUGUCGGCCAGCAAGUAUUUGCUGUGUGGGGACAGUGAGGAUUGGCAGGAGGUGAUAGAGACGGGAAUGGUGGAUAUGAUGGAAGAAAUGGAUAUGAUGGAAGGAAUGGAUACGAUGGAAGAAAUGGCUGGUGAUGAUGAUGAUGAUGAUGAUGGUGGUGGUGGGGAUGAUAAUGAUAUUGGUGGUGGUAGAGAUAUGAUGAUCAUUCCAUAAAUAACAGAGCGGCCCUGAAAUUACCCAAACUUUUCAUAAAUAGAUAAAACGCUGGUUUAUGACUUUUUUGUUCGAAUAUAUUGUAUUUUAAUUCAUUUUAAUUCAUUUUAAAGCUAAUCUUGAGCUCGGGUGUGGGCAUCGUUUGUCGUGAGAACAUGGUUAUAAUUUAGUCUGGAUUGAUUAUCUUGCAGUAGAUUGAUUGUUUGAACCAGUAAAAUAUAAACAACCUCACAAAAUCUUUGUGGAAUCAUCUUCAAUAAAAAACCACAACUCUCAUUUGCACAUAGUGAUCUGUGUUAAGCACAAUGGUGUCGGGUCUACUUACCUUGAUUUCCUUAUCUUUCUAUGCUCAUUACUCAGCCAGUAUACAUUUUCUACCAACAUCGUUUGGCACAUGUCAUGUAUCCGUAAUCUUGAACAUUCAGUGUAAGUUUUGUUGAAAUGUAUUGUCUAUCAGUACCAGAUCUUUAAUACGUUACAGUGAGAAGAAAAGGAAUCUAUUACUAAAUCAAAAAAUAUUAAUGCUUAUCGUAGAUUUGCAGAAAGGGGAUAAGGUAGUAGCAUUAGCAUAUUUGUUCAUUUUAGCAGCAAUUUUUCGAUUUCACUUGAAAUAGAAAGCGUAAUGGCAUUCUUGCAUGAUAUUUUAGGUAGAAACAAAGACUGUACUAAUUUAAGACUUAGAAGAGGGACAAUUUAAGCCGGUUUACUUAUAAACAAAAUAAGCUCAUUUGGGAGCCUUCUAAAUAACAUAACGUGUAAAUCCAAGGAUCAAGGAUACGUCUGAAUGGGGUCUAAACUCCAACCCCCUAUCAAGGCAGCUAUGCUCAUCGUCGUUAUUUACAUCAAGCAGAUACGUUACCAAACAACGUUUUGCCAACAAAUCUGGAUAAAUCUUAUUAUCAUUAUCCAAACCCAAUAUGGAAACUUUCAACAACAAUCCGAAACCUCUCUAUAUAUAAAACUUAUUCGAAUGAUCAUCACGAAUAUGAAUAAGACAUAAAUUAAAUCAUAUUUUGUAAAGAUUAAUUUAAGCCCUCAGCCAUAAGUAUGAUAUCUUUCGUUUUUUCCAUUUAGAUUUGAUCAUAUUUUAGUUGACUUUGCAGAGAAUAUGUAAAACUGUAAAAAUGCUGAGUUUGGAGUGGUAAAUAAACUGUUGUUGGCGACCAAGAAGAUUAUUAGUCGCUUACGAUGAUUUGGCAUGAAAAUAAUUGUGAAUUAACCAACAUUUAUGUCAGUUUUUUCUUUUUUUAUUUGAUUUCAAAUGAAAGAAACUUUAUCAUGUCACUCGGCCAAUAUCAUAUUGUAUAUCAAUUAUGGGACUUAAUUAAAAAGUAGAUGCUCAGAUAAA